AUGCAGCGUCACCAUUCUUCAGGUAGCAGCAGUGGGAGCGCUGGUGGUUCAAGCUCAAAUGCUGCCCUUUCUCUCGUCUCUUCUUCUUCCGCAGCCUCAGCUGGAUGUGGAACACCAAGUGGGGGUUCGGAACUCCGUCUGAUCCCCAGCGAUGCCGUAAUUCUUUUGCGUAGAUUGGGCGAGGGCGAGUUUGGAGAGGUUUAUCGGGGCCGUUUGCAUGUAGAUAAUGGGAUCAACGAAGAAGUAGCUGUAAAAGUUAGUGUGUAUUCUUGUUUUCUUUCUUUUCAUUUCGUUUAA